AUGGCAUCGCGUUAUACUGUUCCCGCCUCUGUGCCCCAGGCGGCUCAAACCGGCGCAGGCGCCGUAUACAUGGCACAGACUUCAGGCAUUAAGCGUGAGAGGUCUCCCGAUCGCACGAUUAGUCAGUGCGCCAAGAAACAGAAGGUCGCCUCUCAGGAUGAAACUCAAGAGGAGAGGUGGGAGGAAGAACGAUAUGAGAGCUGGGACGAAGAUCAAUUGGAUCAAUAUGACAACGAUGGGGAAGAACGAUAUGAGAGCUGGGAGAAAUAUAAAUAUGAUAACGAGGGGGAAGAAGAAUAUGAGAGCUGGGAGGAAGAACGGUAUGAGCGCGAGGAGGAGGAACAGGAUGAGGUAGCCGCCCAACUGGCGCAGGCCGCGCUCGCUGGUAUUGGACCCGAUCAGAAGAAAAGUCGUGGUACCGCAAAGACGAAAGGCAAAGAGCCCGAGGAGAAGCGCUGUCGCAGAUAUCGAUCCAAACCUCCUAUCACGUACUUGGACAGACUUGAUCGCGCCAUGACGCAGCGCAUGUUCUUGAUUGACAGGAACAGAAGACUCAGUGCGGAUGGCACACACGAAGUGGAAACCUUUGAUAUUGCUGGAUCUACGGGAAACGUAUACAAAGUAACUAUCAGCAAAGCGCCCAGCUGUACGUGUCCUGAUGCUUACAAGGGUAACCAAUGCAAGCAUAUCAUCUACGUCAUGGUCCAUAUUCUCAAAGUCCGGGAAGAGUUGAGUUACCAGCUCGGGCUCCUCAGCACCGAGCUUGCUGAGAUAUUUGCUAAUGCGCCUGUGCCUCCGCAAUCUGCCGACACGGGUGGAAACCGCAAGCCGAUUGAAGGCGAUUGUCCAGUCUGCAUGAUGGAAUUCGAUCCGAGCGACAAGACCGAGGAGAUCAUCUGGUGCAAAGGAGCAUGUGGCAACAACAUUCAUCGUCAUUGUUUUGAACAGUGGGCUAAGACUAAGCUGGGGGAAGCCAGGUGUGUUUACUGCCGUGCGCCUUGGAAAGGUGAUGAAGAGAGUAUCAAGAGGAUUGCCAAGGCUGGCCGCGUCAAUCAUGAGGGCUACGUCAAUGUUGGUGGGGAGCUCGGCCUUCCAACGGAGAGAGACACGAGUACCUAUUUCCCGCGAUGGGUGCGACGGGCGUUAAGAGAUAACGAAGACCCGUGGUACUACUAG